CUUCCCCUCCCUCUCCGUCCGACUCCUUCAAUCCAAACAAUACCUUAAGUCGCUCUUGCAGAGUCUCCAAACAUGGCCUAAGUUAUGAAGCUCUUGUGCGUCUGUACACAGUUUCCACUCUUCUUUUCCUCUUCUCCUCCUCUUCUCCAACUAACAUGGAAAAAAUUGCUUCCAAAAAUCAAACCUCAAAUUAAAUUUUCUGUGAUUCUGUUUUUUCAGAUUUGACGAUGGUGGAAACGAGAUGGCAGAAACGGGGCCGACGGAGAACGCGUGGGUAAGGUCGGAGCAGUCGGCUGGUGUUGAAAUGAACGGUCGCGAUUUGUCGAUCAUGGAACCGACGCUGACGGAUAUAGAUGGCUGCGGCGUCGGUGAUUCUCAGGCGAAACAGAACAGAAAGAGCAAUGCAUUUGAUAUGAAAUUAGGGAUCGGUAAGCGGACGUUCUAUGCUGCCGGUGCCACUUUUUUUAUGUGCAGUCACCGUUAAUCCUCUUGAUGUUGCCAAGACAAGGUUGCAAGCGCAGGCUGCUGGGGUUCCUUACUCACACCCACUAAGUAAUAUCAUCAGUCGCAUGGCAUACUUUGGACCCAACAUGAUGUUUGCUGAUUUAAGAUGUUCACCGUCAUGCGCACGUGCUGGAGUUCAUGGUACUGUAUCAAUUUGUUCACCUGAUUGCUUUCGGUACAAAGGAACUCUUGAUGUCUUCAUCAAAAUUAUUGGACAGGAAGGAUUUUCUAGGCUGUGGUGAGGAACAAAUGCAGGUUUGGCUUUGGCAUUACCAACUGUGGGAAUCUUUUUGCCUUUGUAUGACAUAUUCUGUAUCAGAAUGGAGGAGUUCACAAUCCAGAAUGCUCCCACUGCAACACCAUAUGUUCCUUUGGUUGCAGGCUUAGUGGCACGGUCAUUAGCAUGUACAACUUGCUAUCCUAUUGAAUUUGCAAGAACCCGGAUGCAGUUUUCAGAAGGAUCCUAUGAGAGCUUUGCAGUUGACUAUGCGGCAGACACUAAUGGAGGUUUGGAGAGAUGGAGGGAUAAAGGGACUUUUUAUGGGAGUUGGUCCUUGCAUUGCCCGUGUAGGUCCUUCUGUUGGGAUUGUGGUGUCCUUCUAUGAAGUAGUGAAGUAUCUUCUCCAUCAGUGUUAUGGGACAUCUUCUUGACAGCAAACACUCCUUUCCCAGUGUCCUCGUACUGCUGAGCAUCUCCUUGUGGUUGGUGAUGUCACAAGAGGUUUAACAAUCAAGAAUGAAGAGGAAGGCCUGUAGAGUAAUUGGCCAAACUAUUGGCAAAAAGGUGCUUCUUCAUCCAUCUGGCCAAGGUUCAAACCCUUAUUCCCCGACCCUCUCCCCCAUGAGGGUUUCAACCGGUACCUGUUCCAUCAAAAAAAAAAAAAAAAAAAAAAUUCAAGAAUGAAGAUGCAAUCAACGCAGCCAUUCUGUGGUUAUUAUAGCAGGAAGAUGACAAGCAGUUUUUCUGGUGUAGAUGUAGGCUUCCAAAUAAUAGUUCAAACGAGGAUAUGGUAACCCAGCAGACUGGGAACAAUGCAUAGAUUUUUCUUUAAACACAGAGUAGAACUUUUAUUUUGCCUUGUUCAACAGUUUUGGUUCAUGUAACAUUCAGCUCAGUGCAAGUUGAGCUGAAAUUUUGUUUGAUCUCUACAUUCUUUCUGUGCUGAGGUGAUCUCAGUUCAGCAAAUUGAUCCCCUUUUUUAGUUGUCGGUCGAAUUGUUUUUACAUGUGCUUUUAUUAUGUUCGCAACAGCGCCGUGUAUUUUCGAGGAGCAAAAUCGAAGAAUCAAGGCUGGACGGAUAAGCUUCUGUAAACCUUAACCAAAAUUGGAAGGCUUCGUUGUCAUCCCUAGUAAUGUGCUUAUUGAACCUGCACUUGUACCUUUCAUUUUGAAUGUCGACCAAAUGUUUUGACAUGCAUGCAUUUGCUCUAAUCAAAAUUUCGGAAUUUU